UUCCGACCCAACAGUACCGUGGAGUUUGUGUCCGGAGACACAGCAAGCCACGUGCGUUUCACAAAAUCGAGCUUUCGAACUUUUCAACUGACUAUGAGUGAUGGUGGAAAAAAUGCCGUGAAUGAGUGUUAAAAAUAAGCGGAAAAUGUGGCUCAGAACGACCGUGCUGUUGGUGUGUACGUUUUUUCUAGCAGAGGCCGGAAGAUUUAAAAAACAAGGACACAAGCACUUGAAAACCUUCAACCAAGUCAGCAGACGCAACGUCUCCUCCAAUUUCGGACUGUGGCCAUCAUCGUUCAACUUAGCCACAAAGGCUAUAAUUUCGGCGAACGCAACGUGUGGCGAAAAUGGCAGGGAAGAGUUCUGCAGGAUGCUGGAAGGUGGGAAAGGACGAUGCGGAAUCUGCGAUAAUUUCAGCACCGAUCCGGGGAAAAAACACCCAAUUAGCUACGCGAUUGACGGCACACAUCGCUGGUGGCAGAGUCCGGCUCUGUUUUACGGCUCGAAAUACGAAUAUGUCACAAUUACCAUCGAUCUCAAACAGAUAUAUCAAAUCACUGACAUCAUAAUCAAAUCUGCGAACUCCCUCCGUCCCGGAACCUGGAUUCUGGAGCGUUCCCUCGAGGGCAAAAAUUACGAACCUUGGCAAUACUUUGCCCGCAAUGACAAGGAAUGUUUCGAACGUUUCGGGAUUCCUGGAACAAAGGGCAAACCCCACUACUUCACCGACACUGAAAUCAUCUGCACCUCGUUCUACUCCAAACUGACACCGAUGGAAAACGGCGAGAUUCACACAUCUCUGAUCAACGGCCGUCCCGGAGCCAACGAAUCCAGUCCGGAGCUGCUGGAGUUCACCAAAGCCCGUUACGUCCGCUUACGUCUGAUGGGACUGAGAGGCACAGUCGAGCCUCUUCCCUACUGGUUCUCCCAGGACAUUCUAAAGGAGAAAAAACUGUUCUACACCAUUAGGGACAUCAGCAUAGUGGGCUAUUGCGUCUGUAAUGGACACGCUGAAAACUGCCGGCAUAAUGUGGCUUCCGGGCACCCUGAGUGUGAGUGCGCCCACCACACGUGCGGCCCCAACUGCGACCGCUGCUGCCCCAUGUACAACCAGCGUCAAUGGGGCCCCGGCUCAUCCCGGGACGCCCGUCAAUGCCUCCCCUGCAACUGUCACGGCCAUGCAACGUCCUGCCACUACGACGAGUCCGUGGACAAAGCGGGCCUCAGCAUGGACAUAAACGGCAAUUACCAAGGAGGAGGAGUCUGUGAUAAUUGUACAGCACACACAACCGGUAUUAAUUGCGAACGCUGCUUGCCGGGGUAUUAUCGACCUUAUGGAACUGUAAUUUAUGCGGACAAACCCUGCUUAAAAUGUGACUGUGAACUUCCAGGAUCGGCCGGUACAUGCACACAGGAAGGGGAGCAAGCCGGAAAUUGCCAUUGUCUACCCGGAUAUGAGGGCGAAAAAUGCGACAAGUGCGCCAAAGGCUUCAAGGGCUGGCCCUCCUGCGAGCCGUGCCCUUGCGACCCCAGGGGGGCGCAGCGCACGGACGACUGCGAGGGGGACUGUCUGUGCAAGGAUCAUGUUGAAGGGAAAUUUUGCGACCGUUGCAAGUCCGGGUUUUUCGCCCUCCGGAGCGAAAAUCCGGACGGGUGCACGCCCUGCUACUGCUCCGGAAUGACGAAUUUGUGCGAAGCGGCCACAGGCACCCCCAAACAGAUCCAAACCCUCGAGAAUUGGUUAACAACGAACCAGAAAAUUUCGGAAGUCAGUAAACCCAUAUGGGACUUCAAGGGCAUUUUUUCGAUGGGAAGCUACGAGUUUUCCACUUCUGAAUCCUUGUACUGGCUAGCACCAGAGGUGUAUUUGAGCAAUAAACUGGAGUAUUACGGCUCGGUUUUUCUUUUUAAAGUCCACUGGGUGAUAAUGCGGGGUGACACGAGUGGCAAGCCCACCAUGGGCCCCAAUAUGAUAAUCGUGGGUCCGAACGGUUUGAAAAUCGCCCAUGGGAACGAAUCCCUGACUGUCUCAAACGCGACCUUUGAGAUACGCUUGAAAGAGAGCAACUGGUACCAUUUGGACUCAAACUUGUCCGUUUCUCGGAGCGAAUUUCUGCGUGUGUUGUCAAACAUCAGUCAUAUACUGUUACGAGCGACGUUUCACACCGACCAAAUCGAAUCCUUACUCGAGGAAGCAACGAUGCGUGCUGACAGCCAGUCGGCCCACGAAGUGGAAAAGUGUCUGUGUCCUUCAGGAUACGCGGGAUUAUCGUGCGAAAUGUGCGCCUUCGGCCACGUCCGGAUCGAGACAAACGCCGAAAGUUAUUGUGCGAAAUGCGAUUGUAACGGACACUCGGAAACUUGUAAUCCCGACACAGGCGAAUGCUUUUGUCAACAUAAUACCACUGGUGAAAACUGCGAAAGAUGUAAACCGGGGUUUUAUGGUAAUCCGCUGCGAGGAACGAAGGAAGCCUGCAAAAAAUGUGCGUGUCCCUUGGAAAAUGACGAAAAUAAUUUCAGCCCGAGCUGCCAGUUGGAUUAUUUAAAUGAGGACAGCGAGGAGGAGAGCUACGUCUGCACACAGUGUCCGAAGGGAUACACGGGCGACCACUGCGAAAUAUGUGACGAUGGCUAUUUUGGUAAUCCGAUGGAGUUGGGGAACGUUUGCAAGCCGUGCGAUUGCAACGGAAGUCCGUGUGAUAAAGUCACAGGACAGUGCUUGAACUGCAAAGGAAACACUGAAGGCUGGCGCUGCGAAAAAUGUAAACCGGGCUAUUACGGAGAUGCUCUUAUGUCCAACUGUAUUCCAUGCCAGUGUGACACUAUUGGAUCACUCUCCAAAAAUUGUGACCAAGAGACUGGACAGUGCCAGUGUCGGGAACGGUUCACUGAGAGGACGUGUAACACGUGUGAGCCUGGAUAUGGCAAUGUGACCGGCCUGUGUGUGGCGUGUGCUUGCAACAAGAUUGGAUCGACAUCCCCGAUUUGUGACCAACACACCGGACUUUGCGACUGCAAGCCUGGAGUCGAUGGGUUCUACUGUGACGCUUGCCAGAACGCGUAUUAUGGGUUGUCGGAAACGGGAUGCAAAGAGUGCAAUUGCGACGAACAGGGCUCUAAAAUACAAGCAUGCGACCCCAUAACAGGCCAAUGCCAAUGCAAACCCCACUACAUCGGCCCUAAAUGCGACAAAUGCAAACCCGGCUACUGGAAAACCAAAUCGGGCUGCGCCCCUUGCAACUGUAACUACAACGGCUCAACCAGCCUCAACUGCAACCCCCAAACGGGGCUUUGCCCCUGCAAACCGGGGGUUGAAGGCCGAAAUUGCGACACAUGCAAAGACAAACACUACGGAAACGUCGCAACCGGGUGCAAAAUUUGCGACCCUUGCGAAAAGCCAGGACAUAUUUGCCACCCGGAGACCGGAAAAUGCGUCUGUCCCCCACUGACAACAGGGACAAAUUGCGACCGUUGUGUCGCAAAUGCCUAUAAUCUUGAGCCAGGGAAAGUCGGGUGUAAGCCGUGCGAUUGUUCCAAAACUGGAAGUUCAAACCAGCAGUGUGAUGAGUCCGGGAGGUGUUCUUGCAAGACCGGCUUUGAGGGAGAGAAGUGUAACAGAUGUACGUUUGAUUAUUACAAUUACCCCAAUUGUCGCAAAUGUGGGUGCGAUAUUGGGGGGACAAGGCCUGAGGAGUGCAUCAAUGGGCUCUGCAAGUGCUCGCAGGAUGGGUGCAAAUGCAAGGCAAAUGUUGAAGGGAGGCACUGCAACAAGUGUAAAGUCGGCACUUUCGGGAUUUUCCCCACGCAUAUUGCGGGCUGUCUGGACUGUUUCUGUUCGAACAGGUCGACAAAAUGCUCGGCUUCCAGGAGCGUUUGGGAGCCAAUUCGAAGCACAAACGUUCGGAAAUUACCACCUCGUGAAUGUGUCAACAAAAUAUCCUGUUGGCAACUUCCGGACAAAUUCCACGGCGAUCUAAUCCGGUCUUAUGGAGGAUAUUUAAGACUAUCAACAAACGAGUCCGGACAUUUCAACGUUUAUUUAACCGGAAACGGCGUGACUUUGGAGAGUGUCAGCAAUCCUUCCGGCUACGUAAACAUUCUGGAAACAUCAUGGAAACUCAAAUUUAAUACACUAUUGCCUUAUGAAUGUCACGGUUUCUUGACAAGACCGUGUCUCUUGGUGGUUUUGCAAAACGUGACGCAAAUCCAACUCGAACACAAACCCCCAACCGGACACUUGACAUUCCACGAUGUUGUCAUUGACAAGGAAUCAAACCUUUCGGACAAAACGCACGAGCAGUGCCUUUGCCCCAACAAGUACACCUCCUCCUCUUGCCAAGACCCCAGCACUGGCUAUUACCGCUAUUACCCCAAAGAGACAGAACCCGGGUUUAACUACAUUGACCGGAUCAUUGGAGUCGCCAAACCGUGCCAAUGCAACAACCGGUCAAACACUUGUGACAAAAACACCGGCCACUGCCUUAACUGUACUGACUCGACCACCGGCCCCCAUUGUGAGUUAUGUGCCGAGGGCCACUACAUGGACCCUUCCGGGAAAUGUCUCCCGUGUUUGUGCCCUUCAGAGAGCCAAAAUUUCGCCCAAAAUUGUACACCAAACGGCCGUCAUAACUUCAUCUGCAUUUGCAAACGGGGCUAUUCGGGCCAUCGGUGCGACAAAUGUGAAAAUGACUACUGGGGGAACCCCCAAGCUGGGGGCACGUGCCAACCUUGCAACUGCAACGCCUAUGGCAGCGAGAGUCUUAAAUGUGACAAAACCACAGGACAGUGCAAGUGUAAACCGGGAUUCACCGGCGAAAAGUGUUCCAAAUGUUCCAGUUCACGGAACGUUAUCCAGGACGGCGUUUGCGUUCCGUGUGAUGAAUGUACUCAAAUAUUGUUUCACACAAUUGACGAGCUUUCGAACAGUCUUAAUGACACUCUUGAUAGUGUUAAGGGUGGGAUAGGGCCGCCUUGGACCCGCCUUAAGGAGAUUAACGACAGACAUAACAUUUAUUCUUACCAAUUUGAUAAUUUGGAGACAGCCAGGAAGCUGAUAAACGAAGCCAAUAUUCCGGAAAUGGAGAAACGGGUCGAAAAAAUCAAUCAAAACUUGCCGAAACGUAACGAAAUCUUGUCGGAACAAACCAAAAUCAUUAACGAAAUGUCACAAGAAGCCCAAACUUUGUCAAAAACGGUGCAAGAACUUGACGAUCGUGUCAACACGUUAAUUGAGAAUGUGAACGGGUUUGGGAAGUCACAAGUCGACGUGAAUGAGGCUUUACGUGAAGCUAAGGAAAUCCUGGACGAAAUCACGGACAUAGCGAACGAAGCACCUCUUUUCCAGUACGAUGAUGUCUUCAAAAAGUGCCAAAAACUCCUCGAUGAUGUUAACCAAAUCUACGCCAAUGAAAUAAACACCAGCGAGGUUGAGAAAAAAUUGGCCGAACUGAGACACCGUCUGACCAAACUACGAAAAUUGUUAGACAACACCGAGAGAACAAAUCAACUUGCACAAACCAAAAACGAGCAAAACAGGAAACGAAUCCGGGACGUGCAAGACACACUUGAGCGAAUCAACGCCCACAAUUAUAUUGUCACUAGAGAUAUUGAAGAUGCGUUGCGGAAAAUCAAUGCUACGAACGACUUGCUUAACGACUUGGAAACAAUUUACCAGCUUUUGGCCAAAACCGAUUUAGAGAACGCGACCAAAGACUUGGAAAACGACGAACUUGACGAACUCUACGAUACUUUAUCUUCGGUGCGAGACCACGUCAGAAAGCUACAAGACAAGGUCAAGUUCUACAAAACCGUUUUCAAUUUCACGUCGGAGGAGUGGACGAAAAUCAACGCGAGUGCCUCUUACGACAACAUCGUCAAAGGGAUUGAAGAAGCGAGACGUGAGGCGAAGGAGGCGCGGGACAUUACGUUGAAAGCCUUGGAGAAAUUGUAUCCUCCAGGUGACGACUCCCUCAACGAUAAGACUAACCUAGCCAAGGCUUUUUCGGACCGGAUCCAGAAACGCAUUUUGAAUUUGAAAAACCUGUCCGAUGAAUUUGCCAAAACUUCCGAACUGUUGGAGGAUUUGAAACGUGAUAUCCUCUUCAACGGUAAAAAUAACAACGAACUGAACGCCUUUUUGCGCGACAUCCAGAAGGACAUCAGGAAUCAGUCCGAUGUUAUUUCCAAAUUGAAGAAAAGUAAAAAUGACGCACGGAAUGUCUCCUCCAUGAUUGCCUCCAUUGAGCAAAGGGUGAAGGACACGAACAUUUCGCUCCAGUAUGAGUUGACUAAAAGCUACUACAACUAUUUGAACCUCACUUCGGCCAGAGAUAUUGCAAAGCUUAUGGAGCGGGUCAAAAAAACCCGAAAAGAACUGGAAAAUAUCAACGUUUCCUUAAAUAACACUGCGACCGACCAGGCUAAAGACUUAAACGCGAAUAAGUUUAAGUCUACUGACAAUAAUUUGAAAAUGAUUCAAGAACAAAUCGAGCAAUUGACCAAGAAAAUUCGGGACGCGAACGAAAGAGUCGAAUCGGUCGAUUACGGGGUCAAUAUAACCAAGUGUGAAAGAUUGUACAAGGUCCAAAAUGAUAUUUUCCGCUCGCUUAAAAUCCGGUUCAAGUGCAAGACGUGCAAUCUGUUCGAAAUUUCCAAUUCCAGGAAUCAAAGAAUUUCGCUGCAUUAUGAGGACGAAACGGUGUUAGUUACGUGGAAUGGUCACAAUGCGAGUAUUGGGAGUUCAAAUCUGGUGUCAAUUCAAAGGACUGGCACUAACACCCUCCGGAUUGACUCAGACAAAGGCCGGAAAACUCUCUCUAACAUUGCCCCCUUUUUUAUUGAAGAUACCCAUCCUUUAAAGAUCGGCAAUUUUGAGAAAAACAACUCGACUGAGGCCGCCAUUCACCGAAUAAUUUUGAACGGCCAAACGAUCGGUCUUUGGAAAUUCAAUCAAUCUAAAGGACAGUGCCUCGGUUUUGUCCAAAACACGAGUAACGACGGCCUUGAAGACGUUUUCUUCGCCGGUAACGGCUAUCGCCACCUCCAGAAAGACUCUCUAAGAGCCCUAAACCCCACCCAGCUCAAUUUCAAAUUCUACUUUUCGACUUUUGACGAAAACAGUCUUCUUUUCGUGGCGCAAGACACGACAAACAUUUCGUCCUUCGUUGCUCUUAAUCUCGUGGAGGGCAAAGUGGAGCUUAAAGUACGCCAUGUGGAUGGUACAAGUGUCACACUUACGUCCAAAGGAAAGUACAAUAACGCCAAAGACACCACAGUGGAGGUGACGAUGUUGUACGGCGGGGAAAAACAAACUUACGCUUUAAAUGUGUUAACUUCGGAAGAGGAGCCGCAAGAACAGUCGAGAGUGUUGACGAAAGCCAACGUCUACAAAAUAAAAAAGUCGGAGGUGUUCAUUGGGGGCGUUUCGAGUAGUUUCAAGGACCAGAUCCCGAUUGACACAACUUCGUUUUUGGGGAAUUUGAAAGUGAGCAGUGAGAAGUUGGUGGUAAUCAGCCAGAACUCCUUCUCUUACAACAUCGAGCCUCAGCUUCAAAACCUGGAGCUGAACAAGACGUGGUUUUCGGGUUACGGUUUUGUGAACCUCCGGGUUCCAGCUAGUUACCGAAAUUUCGCCUUUCACUUCCGACCAGUUCACGUUGAAAACCACUUUGUUAUGAAUUUGGGCGACGAAAUCGAUGUUUACCUCGACAAAGCUCAUCUUAUUUUCAAAACGGCAAGUAGCGAGUUACCUUUCCAGACACCUAUCUGUGUCAAUAGCAGCUACUUUGUCAAUAUUAACGCGACCAGUGUUAGCGUGAACGGGAAUGAAAUGACUUGGACCCAGCCCUUGGACGAUCCGAAAUUCCGCAAGGUUUACUUAGGGGCUUACAAGACCAACAACCGGCGCAAUUUCAGCGGAAGCAUCCGGGAUAUUUUUAUUGAUGAUCGGCCUGUUACUUUCAAUACCAACACAGUCAAGUCUUUCGCAAGGGUCCAGAUAGGUCGCGACCACCCUGAGACUCUUCAAACCAAGAGCGAAUGUAUGAACUUUAUGCAAAACACCGAACGCUAUUUUCGCACACCUGACUAUAAAACGGAGCCGCAAGCCUUCAAAUUCGGCGAUAAAUCGAACAGUUACGUCUUCAUCAAAAACACAUUUGGGGGAAAGAAACUCCUGAUGGAGUUCCAGUUCCGGACGUUUUACCCCAACGGGCUUCUCUUCCUUGCGCACUCGUUGCACAAAAACCUAACGUUUUACACCGUGCUGGAAGUCCACGGGGGCGACAUCAGACUGCGUGUUCAGGGCCACAAACCGAAGAAAACCAACAUGACGAACCGACUGAACGACGGUUUGUGGCACCAUGUCCUCGUUGAACAGAUCCUGGGUAAAAAACGUUGGAGGAUCAUUGUGAAAGUGGACAAGAAGUGGAAAGUGAAGGAUCGGACGCAACGUAACAAUUUCAACGGCGAUUUUUAUUUUGGAGGCGUCUCGGAACAUUACGACGUUCACAAAAAAUUAAGGAACGAACUGUUACCGUUUAGAGGCUGCAUCCGGUCGUUGAAAAUCAACAAGAACUUGCAAGUGGUGAAGAACAACAACAAUGUUUUUUACAACAACAUUGGCCAGUGUUUCCAAAACGUGGAAGAGGGGGCGUAUUUCGGGGGCGACGCUUACGCGAUAUACAAAUACGACUUUAAAGUGGAUAAAUAUCUAGAGUUGGGGUUUGAGUUCAAGACUGGGGAACCCAACGGUAUUCUCCUGAGUGUCUCAAAUCCGGGGAAUAGUCCAGCUUUGUCGGUUGAGUUGCAAAGUGGGGCUGUGGUCAUGACGAUUGAUAUGGGCAAUGGGAUUAUCUCCAAAGUGACAAAUAGCCCCCAUUCGGACGCGACUCUUGCCAAUAACGAGUGGCAUAAUUUAACAGCUUUGUACUCGAGCUUCGAACUGACUGUUAAUGUUGAUGGGGUUCGGAAAAGUUGGGUCCAGUCUGAUGUCAAUUCAAUGGUUGAUGAAAUCGAGGCGCCUUUAUACAUCGGGGGUUUACCAAUUAACGCCCCUAGUGGUACGUUGAAAAUUAAGGAGAAUUUCAAGGGGUGCAUCCGUAAGUUCAAAAUCGGGGACGCUUUAAUGGACUGGACGGACAUGAAAGAACUGAAUAAUGUACAAAUCAAUUCGUGCCUUGUUUAAUUAGGUAAUUUUAUAAAAGAAACGACGUAUUUUUAUAGUAUUUCACUGAGAGUAUUAUUUAUUACUACGUAUUGUAAAAACUGCCUGUUGUAAAUACCUGACUCGUAUUUUGUACAUAAUUCUAUUUAAUUAUUACUUCCCUGCAUGCCAUAUUAUCAUAGCGUUAGCGAGCAAUAUGUAUGAGUACCUAAACAUUUGUAAAUAAAUUGUGUUGACGAGAAAAA